AUGGGCUCCAUCUCCGGCUGGAAACGCUUAAACGUCGCCAUCGUCGGCGGCGGCAUCGGCGGUCUCGCCGCCUCUAUAUCCCUCCGCCGCGCCGGACACAACGUAACCAUCUACGAACGACACGACUUCGCAGGCGAGGUCGGGGCGUCCAUCUCCUGCGCGGCCAACGGUACACGCUGGCUACACGAGUGGGGGGUCGACAUCGAAAAGGGAGACCCCGUCCUACUCCGGAAACUGAUCAACCGGGACUGGAAGACCGGGGAGCCGGUUAGCGUUUAUGAUCUCGAUGACUACGAGCAGCGAUGGGGGUAUGUCUAUAAUAUGUUCCAUCGGCAGUAUAUGCAUUCCAUGUUGAAGGACUGCGCGCUGCAAGAGGAGGGCGAGGGGACGCCUGUUACGCUGCUCGUCAACCAUCCUUGCAAAGACAUAAACCUCGAGACCGGCGAGAUCACAUUCGACAACGGCACAACCGCCCAGCACGACCUCAUCAUCGGCGCAGACGGCAUCGGCUCGGUCGUCCGCCGCCUCAUCGGCCUAAACCCGGAAAAGAAGCCCGCGCCUUCAAGCUGUCUGCACGCAAACGUCAUGACCGAAGACGCCGUGCGUCUGGGGCUCGUCGACUACUCGCAGGACUCGGCGCUGGAGUACUGGGGCGGCCAAGAGGGAAAGUGGGACAAGAUCGUGCUGUCGCCGUGUAACGGCGGGAAACUGCUUUCCUACUAUUGCUUCUUCCCGCGCGAGCAGGGGGAUUAUUCCAGCCAUACCUGGGGUGGAGAAGACCGUCCGGUUGAAGAGUUGUUGGCGCCGUAUCCUGAGUUGGACAAGCAGGUGCGCGCGCAUCUGGCUAUUGGGAUUGAAGUCCGGCCGUGGCGACUCUGGGUGCACCAGCCGUACCCGCAUAUCAGCCGCAACAAUGUCUGCCUGCUAGGCGACGCAGGACACCCGAUGAUGCCUCAUCAAAGCCAAGGCGCCUGCAUGGCGAUCGAAGACGCCGCCGCGCUAGGCAUCCUGUUCAACAAGGAGUACUUCUCCGGCGACGUUGCAGAAACGCUGCGCUAUUACCAGGAGAUCCGUCUGCCGCGAGCCACGAAAGUCCAGGCUGCCUCGGCCAAGGCAGCAUACAACAUCAACGAGCGGAUUGCAGGCUUCUCCAGUAACACGACAAACACGAAAUACUACAAGGUGGAGGAUGAGAAGAAGAAAUUGACGAUCGAGGAGAUGAACGGGUACGACAUGUACAAGGAUGUUGAGGAGCUGCUUGCUUCCAAACGAGGCAUUCCGUUUAUGCAGAAGUUUACCAGAGGUCUGCCAUUCGGGCUGCGACUGUCGAAUGGUGUCGUUGUGGGGGAGUCAGAGACGAAGUUAUGA